AUGAGUGAAGACGACCUCAGAGCAGCAGAAUAUCUCAGGUUUCUUAAGGCCUUCAUCGAUGGCGAACAGCGGUUGGUCCAAAACUCUAGCGCGCGGUUCCUCGAGGCUAUCUGUGCCCAAGACGACGCCGCAAGCUGUAUCAGCAUGUUGGUUUCCAGUACGCAAGGACUCGAAUGCGUCCAGAGCGCGAUGCGCUUUGACUUGACCCCCAGUUUCUUCAACGGUCCUAUGACAGACUUGCUCAAGUAUCUUUCGGCUCCGAAUCUUACGAUCAUCGGUGGAGGCAGCUUUCUGACGAAGAUUAUCAUUGCGAUCGUCGAUCCACCCGUCUUCUGGUCCCCGUUCACAAAGGCGUUUCAAGCCGGGGAGUUAAGUCAAGACGGCCAGCUCGCUUUUGCUUGGCUGCUCCGGCAGCUGAUCUCGUUACCCGGAGAAUUCACUAUCACUCAUCGUGAGCUCGCCAACAACCCCACGAUCUCUGCCGCCCUCCUUUCCUCCCCCCAUGAUGAAGUCCGUGAGCUCGCAACCCAGAUCAAGAGCGUGUUUGACUCGAUCCCCUCCAGCGUGUCGGGCGCUUCCGCAGGUAUCGACCCGUCACGUGGUCCAGGCGGACGGCACGACAACGAUUUUGCAGAUUUUCGUGACAUCACGAUCCUCCCGACCGUGGAUGAGCUCGCGUGCAAGCGUGCGGCAUUCCUACGCCCGAGCGCCGCACUCGACGAUCCGGACACGGCCGAGACGCGCGUCGCGAUGCAUCUCGAUAAUCAGUUCCGCUUGCUCAGGGAGGACAUGCUGUAUGCGAUGCGGGAGGAGCUGGAUAUUGUACUUGGGAAGAAGAAGGGGAGGUUUCGCGGACUCGUCAUCAACGGCCUCACCCUCCUUGGGGUUCAUUGCCAGUCUUCUCCGGAUAAAGCGUGCAAGUGGGGUAUUAGGCUGCGGUGUCACGAGGACCUGUACUGGUUCAAAACAGUUCCGCCAGAGUUCCGCCUUGCGUAUCUCCACAAGAACCAGAAAGUAUUCCGGCACCAGUCUAUGACAUGUCUCAUUGUCGAUGGACAUAUCGUGGCGUUUGCAACAAUUAAUCGAGAAGAGGAGCUGCUCGCGAAGUGUCCACCCGUCAUCGUGGUUCAGCUCGAGGACACAGCUAACACCACUCACGCUCUCCUAAAGCUUCAGACGUCGAAGCACAUCACUCUUGUCCAACUUAGUACUGCCGUCUUCGCAUACGAGCCCGUACUGACUGCGCUGCAAAAGAAGCAGGAUAUCACCUUCGCACCUGAACUGCUAUUUUGGGGAAAUGGAGACGAGAUAGAGUCUAUCUCUGACCCGCCAAUGCAGAUCGUUGAGGCUCUUCAAACGGACCCUUCACAAAAUCUCCAAGAGUACUUCAACACACCAGGUCGCAUCGUUCUCGACGAGGCGCAGUCUGCGUCUCUCCUUUCAGGUCUUACACAGAGAGUCUCGUUGAUACAAGGGCCUCCAGGUACUGGCAAAUCGUUCAUCGGCGCGCUCCUUGCUAAGACACUUCACGACUUUUCCUCUGGGACCAUCCUCGUCGUAUGCUGUACGAACCAUGCACUUGAUCAAUUCCUCGAAGACCUCUUGAAGAUUGGCAUUCCCGAAAAGAGUAUCGUCCGUUUAGGUGCUAGAUCAACGACGGACACGGCGGCGUCUCUGGCCUUACGAAAGCAGACGAAAGUAAACCGAAUCAAGCGAGCCGAUCAGAUUGAGAUUCGUAGCAUCAGGUCGAAAGCUGAUGACCUUCGCGCACACCUGGAGAGCAGCUUCGGGGCCUAUAUAUCCUUCGAUUUCAACGCUGCAGUUAUCCUGAAUUAUCUACAGUCUAGCUUCGAGAAACGCCCUUACUUUGAUGCGCUUUGCCUCCCAGAGUCGUACGAUGGGACAUACACAAUCGGGCGGAGCGGCAGAGAUGUCAGGCCGGAUUAUCUCCUCGAUCGUUGGGCCAAGGGCCAAAAUGCAGGGGUGUAUAUGGAUGCGGCCAACGUUGUCAAUGCGGAAAAUAUCUGGCGAACAUCUUUCAUUGAACGGCAGGCAGAACUUUCCCAGUGGAAAGAAGACAUGCUCAAGGACCAUGUCGACGUCGUAUUGACUGCUGGAAGGAAGUACAAUGAAUGCUUGGCGCGGAUUCGCGCCAAAUAUGUGGAGAGAGAUACCGCGGUUCUGAAAAGCAAGCGUAUCAUUGGAUGCACGACCACUGCGGCGGCUAAAUAUCGUGAGCAGAUCAAUAGUGCACGGCCAAGUAUUGUUUUGGCCGAAGAAGCCGGGGAAACUCUCGAGUCGCAUAUCCUCACAGCUAUCAAUGAGGAUACAAAACAACUUAUUCUCAUCGGAGAUCACAAGCAGCUGCGCCCGAAGGCCAACAACUAUAGCCUCACGGUCGAGAAGGGUGAAGGGCUAGAGUUCAACAGAUCUCUCUUCGAGCGUCUCGUCUUGAAGGGAUAUCCCCACAAGACGCUCCGCCAGCAACACAGGAUGCGUCCAGAGAUAUCGGACCUCGUUCGACAAUUGACGUACCCUGACCUCCUGGACGCUGACCGAACUAAGAACCGUCCAAAUCUGCGGGGCGUUCAAGACAACAUCGUCUUUAUCAAUCAUAACAAACCUGAGGACGGGCUUCCACACGAUGAUAUGGUUUCAACGACCUCGAAACAAAACAUUUUCGAAGUGGAACUUGUAUUGAAAAUUAUUCGGUAUCUGGAACAGCAAGGCUACGGAACUAAUCAACUAGUGAUUCUGACACCAUAUCUUGGGCAGCUUCGAGCGUUGCAGAUGGCGAUGACGGACCAUGAUCCUGUGCUAAAUGAUCUGGAUACGUUUGACCUCAUUCGUGCCGGGCUGUUCUCUCCAUCGUACGCGAGGCACAAUCGAGGUCUCAUUCGCCUUGCAACGAUAGACAACUACCAAGGAGAAGAAAGCGACAUCGUGAUAAUAUCUCUUACGAGGAGCAACUGGUACCACAAUAUUGGUUUCAUGUCCUCUCGAGAGCGCUUGACCGUCCUUCUCUCUCGUGCACGGGAUGCUAUGAUCAUGAUCGGCAAUGUAGACACCUUCAUGGAGGCCCGCGAGGGUACUGCCCACGUGGGGGAUGCCGACAACCUUGCAGAGUCAGGUUAA